GAAGAUCCCUACCCCUGUCGCUCUUGCGAGAAGCCCCGUUUCUAGCAUAGUGCCUCUGCUACUGAGAGGGACGCUGAACAUCCAUAAAAUUUUGACAACGAUAACUCGAAUCCAACGAUGGGUACUGCACUCCAAACCAAACCUCGUCCGUUGUCUCAACUCGAGACAUUUGUAUGUGGCGGUCUCGCCGGUUGUGCAGCUGUCACCGUGUCGAAUCCCGCUGAAGUCACGAAAACACGCCUCCAACUUGAUGCGGAGCUACGCAAGGGUGGCAAUGUGUAUUCUGGGCCACUAGAUGUCUUCAAGAGGACAUGGAAAUUGGAGGGAAUAAGGGGGAUACAGCGUGGCCUAAUACCGGCAUAUGCAUACCAGAUGUUACUAAAUGGGUCGCGUCUAGGAUUCUAUGAGCCGCUGCGAGUAGUGUUCAAUAGAGCAGUCGGCGCAGCCCCUUCCGAAGCAUUGGCGGCCCCAGCUCUGACAGCGGGAGCUGUGAGUGGUGUCAUCGGAGCGAUGUUGGGAAACCCAUUGUUCUUAGUUAAGGCACGAAUGCAGGCGUAUUCCCCAACUCUGCCUGUGGGAACACAACGGUAUUACAAAUCUUCAUUUGAUGCUCUUCAACAAAUAUAUAAGGCCGAAGGCUUGAAAGGGUACCUUAGAGGUAUGGAUGCCGCCAUUUUGCGGACCGGAAUGGGAUCUUCUGUGCAACUCCCCAGCUAUACAUAUGCUAAGAGCAAGCUUUCCGAGUAUGAGUUGAUGCGACCUGAUAGCACAUGGACUUUCCUUGUCAGCAGCGCUUUUUCAGGUGUGUGCGUGUGCAUAGUCAUGCAGCCCGGGGAUACGACAUUAACACGAAUGUAUAACCAACCAACUGAGCGGCUCCCUGAUGGGAGGACUGUGGGGCUACUCUAUAAGAGCCCGUUAGAUUGUUUAUGGAAAACAUUACGGGCGGAAGGUAUAUUUGGAUGGUACAAAGGAUCUGUAGCUCACUUCCUGCGGAUAUCACCACAUACGAUAGUGACCCUUACGGCUAACGAGAUCAUAUUGAACGCGUACAAGAAGAUUCGCAUCUCCAACCCUGCGCCAGCGAUAUCUACGCGGUGAAUUACUCCUUUAUCUAGGAUCCAAGCACAGGAUUGAUUCUUCAUCGGUAAAUGAGACUAAACAUUUAGGGCAGCCGACGGUUGUUCUCCAUUUCAUUGUUACUACCGAUGUUACAUAGCUGUUGCGGUAAUGAG